AUGCCCAAGGUUGCCAAGGGACGCGGUAAGAGAACUGAUGACGGAAAGAAGAAGCGUGGGCCCAAGCGGGGUCUCUCUGCUUACAUGUUCUUCGCCAACGAGCAGCGUGAGAAUGUGCGUUCCGAAAACCCCAACAUCACGUUUGGUCAGGUUGGCAAAGUUCUGGGUGAGCGCUGGAAGGCUUUAAGUCAUACGCAGCGUGCUCCGUAUGAGGCAAAGGCUGCUGCUGAUAAGAAGCGAUAUGAGGAUGAAAAGGCCGCUUGGCAGGCCGAGGACGAAUCUUCCUAG